AAGCAAUUCGCUCACACUCUAUUCUGUGUUUAAGAAUCCGCGACCGAAAGAGCUUCGCCACUUCGAUUCUAUUCUGGAGAUCGAUCCGAAGCAUAACUCAAAGCCCCAGUGUGUAUUGUGUUCUGGUAGAUUCAAUCGCGCAAAGGUUACAGAUCAAUUAUCAACAAAGCUUGAGAAGCUCCUUGAACUGUCGACGAAUGAUACAAUUACUAGCAAUUAGAUUCCUCACUGUUCAUUCCCAAGGGAGAAAUUGCAUUUCCUAUUGACGGCGCCGCCGCCGUUGACGGUGGUUUCUGCUGCGUACUAAUCUAUCUUUUGUGGGGUUCGACAUGGCAGUGCGUGUCUCACGUAGAGUUUUCAUUUCCUCUGGCCUAUGUUUUUAUCGAAGCAUUUCCUCAGCUUCUUCUAUCGGAGGUGGAGCUUUUCCACCUCCUCCUGUUGUUUCUUCUCGAAGAGUGGUCGUUACUGGUUUUGGGAUGGUGACACCUCUUGGUUGUGGAGUGGAUAAAACGUGGAAAAACCUUAUUGAUGGGAAAUGUGGGAUAAGGGCAUUGUGUUUGGAAGAUCUCAAGAUGAAUUGUUUUGAUAUAGACACACAAUUGAGUACGUUUGAUCAAUUGACAUCUAAGGUUGCUGCAGUUGUGCCCUCUGGAACUAAUCCAGGCGAAUUCAACGAGGAAAUCUGGCUUAAUUCUAAGGACCAUCGAUCAAUAGCAAGGUUUAUAGCGUAUGCACUAUGUGCUGCUGAUGAAGCUCUUAAAGAUUCCAAUUGGUUUCCCACUGAGCAGGAACAGAAGGAAAGAACGGGGGUGUCUAUUGGUGGGGGAACUGGAAGCAUUAGUGACAUCUUAGAUUCUGCACAACUGAUCUGUGAGAAGCGUCUUCGUCGCCUUAGUCCCUUUUUUAUCCCGCGUAUAUUGAUCAAUAUGGCAUCAGGUCACGUGAGCAUGAAAUAUGGGUUCCAGGGACCAAAUCAUGCCGCAGUCACUGCAUGUGCUACUGGGUCACAUUCUAUUGGUGAUGCAAUGAGGAUGAUUCAAUUUGGAGAUGCAGAUGUUAUGGUGGCUGGAGGCACAGAGUCCAGCAUUGAUGCAUUAUCAAUUGCAGGAUUCUGCAGGGCUCGAGCUUUGACUACAAAAUAUAAUUCAAGCCCACAAGAGGCAUCACGACCCUUUGAUAGUGGUCGAGAUGGGUUUGUGAUUGGUGAAGGUUCCGGAGUCUUGGUGUUGGAGGAAUUUGAGCAUGCGAAAAAUCGAGGAGCCAAAGUCUAUGCAGAGCUUCGUGGCUAUGGGAUGUCAGGUGAUGCAUAUCAUAUUACUCAACCUCCUACUGAUGGAAGAGGUGCCAUUUUGGCCAUGACUCGUGCUUUAAGACAGUCAGGUCUUCAUCCUUCUGAAGUGGAUUACAUAAAUGCGCAUGCAACAUCUACACCUUUGGGGGAUGCAAUAGAAGCUAAUGCUAUCAAAACCAUAUUCUCUGACCGUGCAAACUCAUCUGCUUUAGCCUUCUCCUCCACAAAGGGGGCUAUCGGUCAUCUCCUGGGUGCUGCUGGAGCUGUUGAAGCAAUUUUUGCUGUUUUGGCUGUACGACAUGGAAUUGCUCCGUUAACUCUUAAUUUAACUAAGCCAGAUCCUGUAUUCGGCAAUGGCUUCAUGCCAUUGACUGCUUCAGAGGAGAUGCCAAUUAGAGUAGCUAUGUCAAACUCUUUUGGUUUCGGAGGAACAAAUGCAUCCCUACUUUUUGCUUAUACUGGAUCAGACUGAUAUGAUAGUUGCAUCUCAUUCCAUUGGCAUUAUUCUAAAAGAGCUGAUUGCAUCAUCAUCAUGCUGAGGAGACUUUAAUGGCCCAAAGUUCUUGGCAGCAUUUAUUUGCCUGAAGUUUGUCUUCUGCCAUAGCUUUUGCUCAUUAAUUUUUGAAUGUGAUUGGUUAGCUGAACACAGCAUUGGUGACGACCAUUCAUAAAACGGUGGUUCCGAUCACAUUCUAAAACUUGAAAGGGGAGGUUCAAAAUGUUAAGGUUUAUAGAACUAAUUUUCGUCUCUCAAAUGUAACUUAUUUAGUAGCUUUUUUCUUAUGAUUAUUCGUAUUGCAUUAGGAGGGCCAUCUGGCCAUGAUAUAUGAUGUAAUUCUAGUUAGGCCAGGAUUGUUGGUGGGAGUUAAGUGGACAUUUUACUCCAACUAAUUGAUAUGAAAUGAAUAUUUUGAUUAAAGAAAAAA